AUACUUUAGAGAAAGGAAGGACCAGAACUACGACUCGGCUUUCUGAAGCUGAAGCAUAAGUUUCUUUUCCUCCGUUUGUCUGGAUCUAGGAACCUGUGUUGGGUAUUAGCUAGUGGAAGCAGUAUGUAUGGCCGGAGUGCAUUGCUGCAGCUGGUAGCAUGAGUGGUGGCCACCAGCUACAGCUGGCUGCCCUCUGGCCCUGGCUGCUGAUGGCUACCCUGCAGGCAGGCUUUGGACGCACAGGACUGGUACUGGCAGCAGCAGUGGAGUCUGAAAGAUCAGCUGAGCAGAAAGCUAUUAUCAGAGUGAUCCCCUUGAAAAUGGACCCCACAGGAAAACUGAAUCUCACUUUGGAAGGUGUGUUUGCUGGUGUUGCUGAAAUAACUCCAGCAGAAGGAAAAUUAAUGCAGUCCCACCCCCUGUACCUGUGCAACGCCAGCGACGACGACAAUCUGGAGCCUGGAUUCGUCAGCAUUGUCAAGCUGGAGAGCCCCCAGCGGGCCCCCCGCCCCUGCCUGUCACUGGCCAGCAAGGCCCGGAUGGCGGGGGAGCGGGGAGCCAGCGCCGUCCUCUUUGACAUCACGGAGGAUCGAGCUGCUGCUGAACAGCUGCAGCAGCCCCUGGGGCUGACGUGGCCAGUGGUGUUGAUCUGGGGUAAUGAUGCCGAGAAGCUGAUGGAGUUUGUGUAUAAGAACCGAAAGGCCCACGUUAGGAUCGAGCUGAAGAAGCCCACGACGUCGCCAGAUUAUGACGUGUGGAUCCUCCUGACGGUGGUGGGCACCAUCUUUGUGGUCAUCCUGGCCUCGGUGCUGCGCAUCCGGUGCCGCCCCCGUCACAGCAGACCGGAUCCCCUUCAGCAGCGAACAGCCUGGGCCAUCAGCCAGCUGGCCACCAGGAGGUACCAGCCCGGCUGCAGGAGGGCCCGGGCCGAGUGGCCAGACUCAGGUAGCAGCUGCAGUUCAGCCCCUGUGUGCGCCAUCUGCCUGGAGGAGUUCUUGGAGGGCCAGGAGCUACGGGUCAUUUCCUGCCUCCAUGAGUUCCAUCGUACCUGUGUGGACCCCUGGCUGCACCAGCAUCGCACUUGCCCCCUCUGCAUGUUCAACAUCGUAGAGGGAGAUUCCCUUUCUCAGUCCCUGGGACCGUCUAGAUCUUACCAAGAACCAGGCCGAAGACUCCACCUCAUUCGCCAGCAUCCCGGCCAUGCCCACUACCACCUGCCUGCUGCCUACCUGUCGGGCCCUUCCCGGAGCGCAGCGGCUCGGCCCACACGGCCUGGUCCCUUCCUACCAUCCCAGGAGCCAGGCGUGGGCCCUCGGCACCACCGCCUCCCCAGAGGCGCACAUCCCCGGGCUCCAGGCGAACCACAGCGCCUGGCAGUGGCCCAGAGCCCCUCUGCGCAGGGCUGGGGGCUGAGCCACCUGCGGUGCACUUUGCAGCACCCUGCCACCUGCCCCAUGCCCCCACGCCGGGCCAGGCCUCACGACAGCAGCGGGUCUGGAGAAAGCUACUGCACAGAACGCAGUGGCUACCUGGCAGACGGGCCAGCCAGUGACUCCAGUUCAGGGCCCUGUCACGGCUCUUCGAGUGACUCAGUGGUCAACUGCACGGACAUCAGCCUGCAGGGCAUCCACGGCAGCAGUUCUACCUUCCGCAGCUCCCUGAGCAGUGACUUUGACCCCCUGGUGUACUGCAGCCCCGAAGGGGAGCGCCGGCGGGAGGAGGCUCAGCCUAGCAUGACCUCUCGGCCCCGUUCUUUGGACUCGGUGGUGCCCACAGGGGAAACCCAGGUUUCCAGCCAUGUCCACUACCACCGCCACCGGCACCGCCACUACAAAAAGCGUUUCCAGUGGCACGGCAGGAAGUCUGGCCCAGAAACUGGAGUCCCGCCGUCCAGGCCUGCCGUUCCUCGGACACAACUCCGGCCAGAGCUGCCUUCACCCGAUCCGCAAGCAGCCAGCCCCAGCCCAGCAGCCCCGUCAGGACAGCUCCCCAGCCCGCAACGGCCCAGGGCCCUCACCGAGCCAGCCCCUGGGCCAGCAGACGCCGCCAGCCCCAGCCCUGGUCCCAGCAGCCUCUUCCACUUGCAGAAAUCCAGCCUCCCUGUGCGACACACACAGAGGAGACGGCGGGGGAGUCCCUCAGAGCCCUCCCCAGCCUCUCGACCCCGGGACUUGGCCGCACACCGAGUAUGCCAGAUUCUUCCCCAUUAUGGCCCCAACCUGGCAUAUCCUUGGUCCCCAGAGGCCCACCCACUGAUCCUCGGACCUCCGGGCCUGGACAGGAGGCUGCUACCAGAAACCCCAGGCCCUACUUACCCAAGUUCACAGCCGGUGUGGUUGUGUCUGACUACACGCCAGCCCCUAGGACCACACCCAUCUGGGGAGGGGCCUUCCGAAUGGAGUUCUGGCGCCCCAGAGGGUAGGCCAUGCCCUUACCCACACUGCCAGGUGCUGCCAGCCCAGCCUGGCUCAGAAGAGGAGGAGCUCGAGGAGCUGUGUGAACAGGCCGUGUGAGAUGUUCAGGCCGAGCUCCAACCAAGAGUGCUCACCAGAUGACUCAGGGCCCUACCUGGCACAGAGUCCUGCUCCUGAGAAAAGAAAGGACCUCAGAAAACACCCCUCUUCUUUGCCAUCCUUCCUGGAACCACUGGCAGAGGAGUGUGAUGGUGGGCGGCAGGAGGUGUUGUCUCCCGGUCCCAGCUCCAGACCUUGUCUGCAGAAGCAUCUGCAGUGCAGCAAGUCUGUGUCCAGCCAGGCAACCAGCUACCACUUGUGUGGGUUGGCUCCCCUGCAGGCUGGGACUUUCUGAGAGCAGGAAGCUAGGUAUAGGUAGAUAGGUGUUAUAAAGGUGGUGCUCCUUCCCCAGCCCCAGCAGGUCCCCCUCAUUCCAAGCCUCAUGUUCAUACCAGCAAACGGGUCCAGCUGAAUGCAUGACCCUUCUCACCUCCUUCCUUGGGAGACUCCUGCACACCAGCUUUGGCUCCUCCUUGGUAAGGCUGCUGCGUCAGCGGCAACCCUGGUUCUUAUCAUUUUCCUUCUUUGCAAAAAGAUCAGGAGCAUAGGUGAGCCCUGAGCCCUGAAAAGGGGGGCUUUGCAGCUUCACCAGGCAGGGCCUCCCCUGGUGCACAAGGGAGGAUGUUUGUCCCUCCUUGUCCGCACUUGUCACAUCCACUAUAUUAAGUCAGGGGGGAAGCCAGGGUGUGCAGUUCUGUCCCUGAUGUGGUACAGCACCUUGAAGAAACUGGGUCGAAGCCUCUGAUCGUCAAACUCCCUUGUCACUCCAGCAGCCUCAGUUCCUCUGGGGGUAGGGGUGAGGGUAGUGGGAAGGGAAUAGCUCUUCCUUGGGGACCUCCUAUCUCAAAGUCCCAAAGUAGGCGGAAAGAAGAGGAUUUCUGCUGUACUUUAUUUAGGAAGAGGAAGGAAGGAAUGAAGGUAGGAAAGGCAAAAUUACAGCUGAACAAGGAAGUUUUCUCUGGGCGUUUUCUCUCAGACCAGGGAUAGGGAACGGGAGAACAAAGGAGAGGUAAUAUGGGGCCCUUGGGAUUAGACGGCCCAGAGGCCCGGCUUCCCAAUAUAAGCCAUGCAGGCCAGAGACACACAGGAAGGAGUGGAGUUGCAGCAGGAAGCCUGGCCUGGGCAGCUGGUAUCGAGUGGGCAAGGGCUGAGGGGCCUCCUCAGGGUGACAUGCACCCCGGGGAAGUUGGACCAUUGCUGGCCCCUCAGGCAUUAUCCCGUUUGGAAUGUGAAUGUGGGAGCAAAGUGGGCACAGGACCCCACCUGGGAAUCUUCUUCCCUCUAAGUCAGUGGGGAACUAGCACCUAGGCACCCACGUGGGUAUUUAUAUCUGAACAGACAGAAAGACGCUUGAAUCAGGCACUAUGUUGAGAAAUGUAUUUAUUUGCUAAUAUAUUUAUCCAUAAAUUC